GUUUUUGCACUUGUACGGCAACGUUGGCUAUUGUAAAUGUGAGGCAAUGUCCAAAUAAAUGUCAAAACGCAGAUUACUACCAGAGACGUUCUGCGCGUACCUAGAAAAAGAAAACGUUGAGUAUUAUUUUACUUUUUGUUUCUAAUUAAAUUAAUAAAAAAUAAGAAUCGAAUCGUUUUCAAGCUAAAUUUGUGAGAUAAAGUGAUUGAUUUCGAAGCCAAGACGACUCGAAGUGCAUCGUAGAAUAUCCUUGAAUAUAUGAGAAAUUAUGUGGAAUAGAAGUGAAAGUACAUAAUUGUGAAAAUGAAAAGAUAAAUGUGAAUUAAUUGAUUUAAAUGUAAAAGCAACAUUUUCCGGCAUGCUCCGAAUAUCUCUCAAAUGACACGCCUCUGUUGUCUAUUACAGUUUCAUGGCUCCAUUUUAUGUAUGGGCCACAGUGUAUGCUUACUACAAUUAUACGUGUAUCGAAAUAAUAAAUAUGCACAAACGAAACAACUGACCAGUUGAAUGAAAAAAAGUGUAUGAAAUAAAUCGACUCUUCUAAAAUUGUUUAUUACGAAUUAUUAUUAUAUACAAAUAUGUAUGCCUAAACACAUUAACACUAGAAACGUCUGUAGUGGAGUACAAACGUCAAUUUCUUAAUAUUUGUGGAUACAUCGUUCUAAAUACAUAGAUGCAGUUAUGGCUUCAAGUUGGAGAUAUCCAAAUAGAACCAAGUAUCGUGCGAAAGUUCCACAAGAUCCCGAAGAUUAUUAUCGGCUGGAUCCAAAGAAAUCCAAUGCAGAGAAUACCUAUGAUAUCUACACGGCGCUAUGUUGCCGUGACACACGCGACACGAAACGCCUCUUUUUGCUUAAUGGGCUGGCCACACUUUGCCAACAACAACAGUCAGAGCAGCAGACUGCAAAAAGCAAUUUAGGAUUUAACACGGAAGAGUUGCUUUAUGGGUUAAGCGCCUCGCUAGUUCACACAUUUACGCAAGUGCGUGCCGCCGCAUUGCGUACCAUCCGCUAUAUCCUGGUUACACCGCGCGAUGUUAAAAUAUUUAAUUCUAUGCAGCUGCAACACUUGAUAUGCCGCUCCAUCGAUGUGCUGCUAAAGAAUGUGCUACUGAAGAAUGACGACGAACGCGUACAAGCUCUGAAAUUGAUUCGGAAGAUGCUGGCCAUUUCGCCUGCCGAUAUCAAUCCCGUGCUAGUGCGUUGUCUGGUUUCACUUGCCGAUAGUGGCAUCGAAGAUGGUGAUAAUAUGUUGCGCGCCUGUCUGGCAACACUGUGUGAAUUUGCGGUGCUAAAUCCUACGCUGUUGAUCGUCUGCGGCGGUGUUACGGCAAUUACACGCAACGUUCUGGAAUGCCACAAUCCCCGCAUUGCGGAGAGUUUGUGUGGCGUGUUACUCUAUUUGCUGGAAUGGCCGCAGACUCGCAACAUAUCGGGUGUGCGGUUAGAUUGUCUCGCUGCUCCAUAUUGUGAUUUUACAUACCGUUUGGGCAUCAUGGACAAAAACAAAGAUGCCCGCGAGUUACGUUACACCAGCUGUCGCCUGGCGUUGUUGUCGGUAUUACGCAGCUGGACUGGUACUAUUGAGUUUUGUAAUCCCAGUAAGCCAUCGGGCUUGAAAGCAAUAGUGGAUACGUUGUAUCUGAAUCAAAUUGAAGUUAGAAAAGCUAUAUUGGAUUUGCUUUAUGAGCUUUUAAAUGUUCCGCAACUACCCUGGACGGAUGACUAUUUGGUGGCGCUGCAGACUGUUGAUCCUUCAGAUUUUCAGGAUGCGUGGUUGCUCAGCAAUGGCUUUGUUGCCAUGGAGGGUCGCUGUAUUCUGCCAAGUUUGGCAGCGCGCGCACCAAAUGUUUGUGAACAACAUUUGUCAUUGUUGUUGUACUGUUUUCUAGAGACUGGACUCCUAAAUGCACUCGUCGAGGUAAUCAGGUCGAGCGAUACACAUCUGUCGGUGCGUGCAACUGUGCUAAUUGGUAAAAUUCUGAACUUAAUGCACACACAUUUGCCUGCUGAUAUUUGUAGUACCAGCCCCGCUCUACCUACACUAAUUUCACACGCAACUCAGGGUAAUCAAAAUGCGACCGCCGCAAUAUCAGCUUUACAAAAUUACCAAAAAAUGCUACGCAAUCGUCCUGCUUCAUGUAGUUUAUUUUUGGAUAGUAUUAUACAAGGGGGAUCCUUAAUACAAACGCGUCUGUUUCGUCGUGAAAUCAACGCGCAGGAUCAUGCGCGUUCGUUUAGUGGUAAUGCGCUGCCAUCAUCUGGAGCUGCUGGCCAAAUAACAGGUGGCGGCACUCUGGGUAUCACUGCUGGCGGUGGUCUUAUUACGGGUGAUCGUCAGCGCCUGGACUCGGUUUCAUCGAGCGAUGAGUCGAACACACAGUCAUCUUCAUCGCGCCGUUCGAGUUUUCGUUUUAAGCGAAAACUAUUGCCUUUCUUCGAAAAUCAACGUGUGGCGAAAUUAAUACGUGAUUCCAAUGUAUUGGCUUCACCCGAUAUAAGCAAUUGGGAUUGGGAAAUUGUUAUAACUAUUUUGCGCUCCAACGUAAUGCGUAGGGUAGAUGAUACUGUUAAUAAUUUUUUAAAAACGCUCUUGGACUAUUACAAACCGAGUAAAAAUCGGUUUUCUCACGAGGAUUUAGCACAUGGAAGAGCAAUACCAGCUUUCGUGGUUGCUGGAUUGGAUUUCAUAGAUUGGCUUUUGGCCAGUCCAAUGAUGGAGAGCAUCCGUAUACUCACCGACUACUUUUCGGAUAUUAGCAAGCAACUGUUAGCAGUGAGCACAUCGAGUCGCGUGCACGAUUGCCUCUUUAGUCCACAGCACAUGAGCAACACAAUGUGUCAGCAGUAUUUUUUAUACAUUGGCCGCAUGUGUCGCGUACAAAAGGGUAUUCGUAUUUUAACUGACACGGCUGUUUUUGAGCACUUAAUCAAUUUAGUGCGCAACACAGAUCAUAUAUGCUAUGUGAAGCUAACUGUCUCUGGUCUGGAUUACUCUUUGGAAUCGGUGACACGUAAAGUGCUGGAGAAGGCUUUAACUGCAGCAAAGAUUCGAAGUGGUCGCUUGUAUGCCACACAAUUUUUAACGGUGUUAUUGCGUGCGCGAUUACACAACUUCGAAGUGUGGGGUAUACCGUUGAUAAUCCAGCAAACGAAAGACCCAGAUCGCAGUGUGGUGCUGGCAGCUUUGGAUGUGCUCGAAGAGGCUUGUCAUGAAAAGUAUUAUCUCGAAGAGAUUGUUAGCAUCUGGCCGAAUCUUAAGUCACUCGGCGAUGUUGGGCGUUUACUAAUGGCGCGUUACUACUCCCUUUCACGUGGCUUAAAUCAUUUGAAAGCGCGCAUUCAGGAAGACAUUGAGUACUGGAAGAAUGGCUACAAUAAGCGAUAUGUGCUGCUUGUCGAGGCUAACACACAUUCCAGCUUAACAUUGCAUGUACGCAAUGAGGAUGGAUACUAUAGUCGCCGCAAUUGCAAUACCCGACCGAUUAUAAUUCCUCCAAAUAUAGCACCUCAUCUGUACGGGCAAAUGAUUCAAACGGCUCAAGGCACAACAGCUUUGAGAAAAUAUGGUGAUUUGCCACAUUUGGUUGAAGUGAUUAGUAGAGGCAAGUGCUCAGAUGAUGCGGAGUGUCUGGAUUUGAAAGCGGCCAUUUGGGCUGUGGGGCAUGCAUCAACACACUCGAAUGGAAUUGAAUAUUUUACAGAAUCCGGUUCAAGAAUUUACGAGAAAUUGGUAAUCCUAGCAACAAAAUGUGUUGUCUACUCGAUACGUGCCACCUGCUUCAAUGUAUUGGGCUUAAUUGGUGGCACAAAUGAUGGUGCAAAUAUACUCUACAAACUAAAUUGGCUGAGUGUACGCCAUGAUCGUAACACAGUUUGGCCAGUGCACCAGCCCGAAGAUUGGAUGUCGAAUAAUUAUACACCGGUGCGGCAUCAUUAUGAAGACAUGCCGCCGUACAAUUAUACAGGCAUUGACGAUCAAAUCGAUGGUUCCUAUACAGGCAGCUAUUGGAAUUUGCUAUUGAGCAGCAGUAGUACAACUGGUCAGGAAGGCGGUGGAGCAAGCGCUAGCUCAGAUGCUCCAGAUGCUGUUAAUACCAACGCGGAGAAUAGCAAAACGUGUGACGAUAAUGCCACAACAAAACCGCCACAACAACAACAGUCGCAACAGCAAGCGGCUGCUGCAAAAUCAAAAACCUUACCUGAAGGAACGCAUAUGCGUCAUGGUAAACAUCAGCGUUCACUAUCUGAAUCGAAAACGACAGAUGUAAUUAGCUUAAUAAGCGGUACAGCUGUGGGCGUGAUUGGCAUGUAUUAUCCAGCGCAUCGCGUCCGCUACAACUCGUGCACCGAUUCGAAUACAUCGGGCGUGAGCAGUUGUGAGUCGGUGACAAUGCGCAUACCGCCUGUGGGCGAUUUUCAACAAUUCCCUUUAAGUCCUAUACCGAGCAUGUCAAAUCUUGUUGUCGACUUGCCGCCACAAAGAAAUUUGCUAUUGCGUGGCUCUUCCUUAGUUGGUGCUUCAUAUCUGCAUACCUCACUCAGUCCGGCGGACAUAAAAGGUUAUGCACAACUGCGUUCACUGCGGAAAUACUGUCGGCCGAUGGUUUCGGAAUCCGCCACUGACGUUUACGAUAUCAUCGACCGCAUUGAGUUUCUGUCACUCGGUUCGUCGGUGAUGCGUCCACGAAAAUCUUCUUUCGGUGAAUCGCAACGUCGCAUAAAAGUGCGUAGCUUGGAUAGACAAUCUUCACUGCGCAUUCCGCGUUUGGAUUUCGAAGAGUUGCAGCAAGUACCGCUGCCGACAUUAGCCGCACCAAAGUUUCUAGCACAAAAUGACUCCAAAGGUCCCUGUUAUGCAGGUAUUUGUCUUCCGAAAAAUUUGCUUGAUCUCUUUCCCACGCGCAACCUCGGCCGUACUUACGUCUCCCGGGAUAUUCAAGAUCAGGAUUUGAUGGACAUAAAUUUGCUUACUGCAAAUCAACAAUUCUUGAAUGAUUCCCUCAACAAUGAAUGUGGCGAUGAGUCCUCGGUUAUUUCGUCGCUUUCCGAUGUCUCGUCGGUGAGCAAGCGAUCAAAGUGGCUCGGUGCAAAGCACGGUCGUAAUAAUUGUCUGCAUUGUUCGCGUGCGCGUCGCAAUCGGACGCACACACAACGCCUUGACAGCGAUGCAGCCGCGGCAUCGGCAGCGGCGGUGACAUCGGCAGCAGGCGUAGCGCUCGCAAUGGGUGGCGAACUUUAUACAAGCAGCGGCACGCUAGUAGCUGCAACAACGGGUUCACACACCGCACGCAAGACGAAUAAACAACCGCCAAUCACACAGCAACAGCCAAAGUCCCAAACGUCACAACAAAAUGCACAAAGCUCUUCAACUAUACAGUUAUCUGACAUCUCGUUUAACUCGCCCGAAAGUAUACUCAGCGAUGAGAGUAUGCCCGAUCGUCUGACCGCGAGCAUAUUGUUUAACGUUCAGCGCUUGGCGAAUCCAGUCAGUGCGAAGCAGUCGAAGAUGGCGUUGCUGGAGCUGAAACAGAAGCAUCCAACAUCUUUUCAAGAUAUUUGCCUCUAUUCGGAGGUGUGCAAAGCAUUGGGACGUAGUAGUUAUCGGAUGAACGCACGUCGUUUUGUACAAGAACUGUUCCUUGAUUUGAAUUUCGACUCAUUUUACGCCGAGCCUACAGAUAUAUUAUUAAAAAAGGAAAAAGACUUUGCUGCGUUGUCAGAGCGCACUGAGGCGGGGCAGGGGCAAGAGCAAAGCGGGAAUGUACGUUUAGCGAAAGGGAUGAAUAGUGUGCCGUCUAUAUUGGGUGCAAGUGCUGCAGCUGUGCAUGGUGAUAUAAGUGGCGGUGCUGUUAAGUCACUAACGGCGCAAGCAUCAGCUGGUGGGUUGAUAUAUAUGCCAACUCAUAAGGUGGUAACGCAUCUUGGUGGUAAACUGCAACCGUUAGCUAGUGUUUACGAAGCAAGCUGUGAAAAUCUGUUACAGGAUGGCUCAACGAAACUGGAAACAAGCACAAAAUCGAAACUAAAAGGUGAUAAUACCCAAGCGGAUAAAACGUCUGCACGGUCAAAAGUCAAAAGCUUAGGAAUCACAUCAUCGUCGGUGAGUGUCACUUCGUCGUUAGGUCGUGAAAUUCAAAACGAGCUACGUAUAACCUCCGAUAGCGACGAAAGUGAUUACGAGGAUACCAAUCGUUCAACGCAGUGGAUAGCGACACCAUCAGUGCUGACGAAUGAUGAUGUCGACGAAGUAGACUACAUUGCGAUACAACGUUGCGACAUUACCCCUGCCUCAUCGACGACUGCAGCAUUUUCAUGCAAUACGACAUGCACCAGCACAACCUCCAGCCAUCCGACGAUCAGCAGCAGCAAUUGCAGCAGCGAACAGACAACCAACAGCAGUAAUCGAAGCAGUAUUUGCACAGUUAGUCGACAACCUACGAUGAGCAGUGUAUUCGCGGACAGCAACUUGGAACGUGUUAAUACAAAUAACAAUAACAACAACAACAACCACAACACUAACGCCAAUUUGAAUAGCAGCAAUAGUAGUACGAAUUUGAAUGCGAACGUAAACACGAGUGUGAGCAGCGGCAGCAUCGGCGGUGGCAGUAGCAGAGGCGGCGCGGUCAUAUUAGAGAACCAAAAUAAAAAGUAUACACGUGGACGUUUUUAUACGCUUGAAUUGGACUUGAGUUGUACGAAAAAUAAAUUUCCCAUUACAGAUCGUAGCCGCAGUAAGGCAAAUUGGCAAACGGAAAGUGCUGUCGCUGUCGUUGCUGCUGCUGCUGCUGCUGCCACACCUGCCACUACAGCUGCGUCCAGUGCCGUGACAACAACUAAAGUACUUAUGCGGCGUGGUGGCGGUGUGGAAGAUGUGGGAAGGAAUGGAGGAAAACCAACGGGAAGCGCGCCAGCGACGAACCAAAUAGCAAAUUCACUAUCAACCACAGCCGCGACGACGACAACGACGACGACGACCAGCAGUAAUACUAAUUUUCACUAUCGAUUGCCAAUCAUGCGACAAUCAUACACUGCGGGCAUUAUGCCGCAAAUACAAUACACCAACAUAACUGGCAGUAAUUCUGGCGAUAGCGCUGCCGAUAAUAGCAACACUGGUAUGAUUCCUGGCGGCGAAGGCGUCGUCAACCCGGCAACAGUUGGGAAUAAUGUUCCUAUAAGCAAUCAGCCAACAAACACGACCGCUAGCAUAACCACGCUAACAAUAACGAAAAGCUUGGCCGCGUCCUUGGCAAAGCCCAUCGGCAGUUUGUACUGUGAAAAACGAUUGCAGGCGCUCAAGAUGGAUGCGAAAGCAACUGACACGUAAAUGUGUACGUACUAUAAUGCUGGCAUAAAAAGAAACGGCAAAAACAACCAAAACCAACAGCUCAGUUUGUUAAUUUUUUUCGCAUACUACCUUUUUAAUUGUUUUCUAUCUGUCAGUUUGUUAUAACUUGAAAACGGUAUUUGUUUACGUUUAUGCUUAUCCCAUUAGGAAUUGAGUUUAGUGAAGUGUGCGAGCAAGUAGAGUCUGUGAUAAAAAAAAGUAAUUUUCUUUAUCAAGGCGAGUCAGUGAGGUCAGUUUUAGAAUAUUAAGUUGUGGCAUUUGAAUUUCUUGAGGAUUUAAAGUAUAAACCAAUAUCAAAACAAUCUAUAUUUUAUGUAGCUUUAAAAAUAUUGAAAAAAUUGGACAUAUGAAAAAGACUUUGAAUUGUAUUUUAUUUAUUUGUGAACAUAUCUAUGCAAUUCUUCUAAAUCUCUUUAAUAUAAUUUUGAAAAUAUGAAAUUAGAUCUGCCUUUUUUUGUUUAAGUUUAAAGUGUUGAACAAAUUAUCGAAAAAAGAAGAAGAGAGGUGCAAAUAAAUGUGUGUAUUUUAUACUCAAUGCAUUUUAAAACAGCUUUUCCUCAUUGAAAAAAAAAAAAAACAAAUUGAAAUUCUUCUGCUGAAGGAAAGUCAUUUAGCAGCAAUCUGCUCGCCUUGUACUUCGAGAGCAUUUUUAAACAUGGCUUUAAAGCUAAACAUGAUGCUAUGUAAAUAAAAAAAAAACAAAUCAUUUUGUGUAUUAACUGAAUAUUAUGUUUCCCAUAAUUCUGUUGCAAUCGAAGAUUCUAAAAUAUAGUAUAUGUAUAUAUAAAAUGUAUCCGAAGCAAUCGAAAAGCAAAACAAAACAAAAAGCAAAUGACAAAGUAAAAAACGCAUAAAGCUCAGAACAUUACGAUUUUAUGAAAAUAAUUUCUCAUUGUAAAAUUUCAAAUAAUAUACUCUGUAUAUUCUGCAUUCAGCUAUACUUACACAAAAACAUCAACAAAAGCCAGACGAUGAUGGGUUUGAUAAUAAGUCGAAAUCGUAAUAAAGGUAAAGUUACAAUUAAGAAACAAAAAAAUGGGGGAAAAAUUAGGCUUUAAAACACGCAAAUCGGGAGGAAAACGGCCAACUUAGAAGAAGUAUUUUAUUUGAAAUUUAAAUUUAUAUUGUCUUUUUGCGUGUGAGUUGCACGUAUGCAUGCGUUUUGGUUCUGUUAAGUAAACAAAUAAUGUUGAA